ACAUAUUGAAAAUUCCAUCCUUUGUUUUCAUUGCCAUCUCGUUAUUGACAUUAUCCGCGAAUAUUCUCUACAUCCAAGACGGUACUUUCCCUCCUUCCGUGCAAUGCAAAGCACUUUUCCUAUGGUGUAGUGGUAUUAUUAUUGUUACUAUCAUUAUCCAGCAUACAUCAUCAAUUUAUGCAUCGCAGAGUUCGCUUCGAGUCACUCGAGACCAUCCAAGGCCGUAACUCGCACUUGUAUUCCUUUCGUACAUUCAUACAUACACACAUUCAUACAUCAAUUCAUACAUCCAUACAUACGCACUUAUUCCCUUCCAAGACCUCAAUAUCUGCACUCUCUUACGCUGCCAAGAGGAAAUCUCUUGUCAAUUUCUACUACGCCGUCUUGCUCUUUUCUUACUGACUCUACUGGUUCAGCCCAUUCUUUUUUUACUUUUUCAUUCCUUAUAUCCGAGGGGGAUUCAAAACGUCGAGAUUACUACUCAAUAAAGAAUAAUAAGAGGGGUUAAAUGCCGAGCAUCACCCUUACCAAUACCUUACUUUAGGUAGUAAAUAACUAGAUUGGUGGAAUUCUAUUAACCAUAGCAAAACACGAGAACUCUCCAUUGAAUCAUCUUUCCCUUAAUCAGAUUGAGAAGAAAACAAUUCAAGAAAUCACUUCAGAUUUCAUCCUUUAAUUUUCAAACAUGUCAGGAACAUCACCCGAUCAACAAUCACCGGCAUCACAAUCGCAACCACAGUCACAACCGCAAUCACAACCAACUCAAAGUCAACAAAGUCAAGAACCUCCAAUCAGUCCAAGUCAAUCAUCCCCCGACCUCGAAGCAGCUGAAGAUUGGCAUGCGGCUCCAUCACAACCACGUACUGCGCCCAUACAAAAGAGGCGACGAGUUACAAGAGCUUGUGAUGAAUGUAGGAGGAAGAAGAUAAAAUGUGACGGAAAACAACCUUGCACUCAUUGCACUGUAUAUAGCUAUGGUACGAUAUUGCAUGUAAUCUUGUAUUUUUACUUCUCUCGUUGACCGAUGUGCUUGCAACAGAUUGUACAUAUGACCAGCCUUCAAACAGGAGGAGGAACCCCGCGCCGCAGUAUCUCGAAUCAUUGGAGCUCCGUUUACAACGAGCAGAGAGCAUUAUAAAAACUUACCUGCCAAACAUAAAUCUGAACGACCCAAACAUGGAUGCUGUAGCAUUAUUACAGCAACGACAAGUUGCGCCAAUGACACCGUUAAACACGAGCUCAAUGCCAAGUGCGACUCCACAACAACCACAUCUUUCAGAACAAGAUGCGCAGUUACGGUCAAUGAUAGAGUCUACCGGGCAACUUGAUCUGGACGAACGUGGACACUGGGACUUUCAUGGCGGCUCUUCUGGAGCUGUUUUUAUUAAGCGCCUACGUGAACAGUUUGGCGAUUUACUUGGAUCUCCCAACUUACUUCCUAAACUACCACAUGCGCACAUGCCACCUUCCUUCGAUUCUCCAAAAUCAUUUACGGAGUCCCCUUAUGAUUCCGGUCUCCCCAAUACAUUUGACCUUCCUCCUCGAGAAAUCGCCAUGGCUUUGUGUGAAGAUUCGUUGCAUUGCGGUUGUUGUCUCUUACGUUUUGUUCACGAACCGAGUUUUUAUGAAAUGUUUAAUAGGAUAUACGAUUUGCCAGUUGAAAGUUUUGGUGACCAAGAGCAUAGAUUUCUGCCAUUGCUGUACAUGACUUUAGCCUUAGGUUGCAUGUUCUCGUCAGAGCCAUCCAGUUCCACAGACCCGGAUGGGAAGAAGUAUAAAAGUAGUAUGGAUCAAGGGUGAGUGUUGUCUUUAGCGAUGAUGCUACAUGUAUCCCCAUAGCCUCGUCUCAGUCGAACUUCGCAGAGGGGCACACGUCUUUCUGUGCUACCUUGUACUUCAUGAUGUCACAAGACUAACCUUUCAUUAGAUUCAAGUUCUACAAAGCUGCCCGGCAAAUGAUGGAUUUGACUGAUUGUCGCGACAUGACGGCGCUGCAAACAGUCAUAUUCAUGGUCCUGUUCCUCCAAGCAACAUCUAACUUGAGCGUAUGUUAUUCUUACCUAGGUCUUGCUUUGAGAUCUGCGUUACGCCUAGGUCUACAUCGUAGCCUGAGUGGCAAUUUCAAUGUCAUCGAGCGGGAAACCAGAAAGCGAGUGUUCUGGUUAAUACGAAAACUGGAUACCUACGUUUCUGCUCUUUUAGGAUUUCCUAUAAUUUUAAGUAGCGACGAUAUCGACCAAGAUUUGCCAAUUGAGGUAGACGAUGAGUAUAUAACCAAGGAUGCGAUACUUCCCAUGCCUCCUGGCAAAAUGUCGUUGCUUGCGGCUUCGAAUGCACAUACACGACUCAUGGCCAUUACCCCAAAGGUUAUUAAACAUAUUUAUCCGAUAAAAGGAUUGGAGCAAUCUAUCUCAGGAAACAAUAAUACAUCUUACACUAUCAGUCACUCAAAAAUUAGGGAGAUUGAAAAGGAUUUAGCAGACUGGCUGGAUAUGUUGCCCAUGGGAUUACGUCCUGGAGGUGAAGGUCCACCCGAAUUGAUUCGGUAAGAUUUUUUAUUUCAAGUAUUCUAUACUUUGACAUAGCGCGGAAGGCCUACUCGACUGGUGGAGCUUGUGAUGAAUGUUCGCUGACCAUAGUAUAGUGUUCAACAACUUCUACGGUUAGCCUACGCACAUGUUCAAAUGAUGUUAUAUCGACCCUUUCUUCAUUAUGUUUCUAGAAAGAGUUGCGCUGGGAAGACCAUUGAUGAAAGGUCAUACGCAUGUGCAGCUGCUGGCGUCAGUGUAGCUCGUAAUAUAAUUCAUAUUACCGCAGAGAUGAAGAAACAAGCUCUCUUGAGAGGAGCAUAUUGGUUUACCAUGUACACAACCUUCUUCUCCGUCAUAUCCCUAGUAUACUACGUCCUUGAGAAUCCCGACAAGAGUGGAGCUGCGGAGAUUUUGGCAGAUGCAAAUGAUGGAAAGGAUGCUUUGAUUGGCCUUGCUCAAAGAAGUAUGGCUGCUGAUAGAUGUUCAGAAACUCUCAAGGUUAGUGCGACAUCUUACCAUGUGCCGUUUUUCUAAUGCAAAUUAGCCACUUUUUGAACAACUACCCGAAAAGUUAAAAAAUCGACCCACUUCGGUCCCGUCAAAGAAAAAAAGAUCAGCGCCUGCAUCUGCACAUCCAACGCAUCGAAGUAGCCCGGAGAUACCAAGACCAAGUUCAAGCCACAUAACCCCGGUACCUCGCGCCACAACAUUUCCCCAAACUACCACCUCUCUUCAAACCAGUGGCCUUCCUAUGCAAAACCUUAACAACCGUUUUCAACUGAACACAUCUUCCAAUCCAAACCUCCGACAAGGUUUUCAAGAUCUCGUUUCACCAAGUGAUUUAUCCAAUGCUGGUACUCCUGAAAGCGUAUCGUCGACUAGUCAUAGUAUCCCACACUAUGGUAUGCAAAAUCAAUUCAAUGCUAACAAUAGUAUACCAUAUCUCACUGGGUUGAUGUUUCCAUCCCCAGAUCCCUUUGCAUAUCCAAAUCAACCAAUGAUGGAAUUCGAUGCGCAACACCUAAAGCAGGAAAAUGAUUUGGAUAAUCCUAGAGCACAGCAAAUUUACAUGGGGGGCAGUGGAGCGGGAACAGGAAGUGUAAUGUACGAUGAUUUAGAGGGACAAAUUUUCGGUCCAAUACCCGCUUAUAUGAUACACAAUCAACAGGGAUUUGAGCUAUCGGGCGGGGGACAGGGAAAUGCGGGAAAUCGCAUGGGUGGGUUAAUGCAGGGCGGAAAUGCAAAUACGACAGGUACAGCUGGAACUGGAACUGGAGCUGGAGUUGUAGUGGGACCGGGAAAUACAGGGUUUAAUCCUCAGAAUUUGGUGUAUAAUACGGGGAUGAAUUUGGAUGGGAUUUUUGAUAAUGUUGGAGGUGAUGCUCGCGGGACGGGAGAGGAAUGGAGUGGGAUGGGUGAUCAGGGGUUUAGGUGAGGGUUUAGGUGGGAUGGGUGAUUAGGGUCUAGGUGGAAUGGAUGGGAUGGCAUGGAUGGGCUUGGACAUAUUGUCGAUUUUUGACGAGGUGGGAAGGUUAUCGUCUGACCUUUUGAUUGACUUCGACUUCGACUUCUCUUCUGUGAAGAGUAUUAGUAUUACACAAUAUCGAUAUUGAUAUCGAUUUGCCACUGCAUGUCACGGUACAGCACAGCACGGGACGACUAGACGAGAAAGGCCGGACGAGAAGGACUGGAUGAACGAAAAAGCAGGAAUUAAAAAUUUCAUCACAUGAUGAAAAUUCCCUUUUUUUUCAUUGGAUAGCGAGCGAGCGCUUGGUUAGUGGGUGAUUUGAUUUAAAGAUUCAGGGAUCCGAAGAGCAAACAAGCAAGCAAGUAAAAUACCCUUCCUUUCCUUUGAGAGGAACAGCCAGCAGCGAUAUGUUGGCUCGUUGGAUGACAAAAAUUUGGAAAACAUUCUGGGAAUGAUUUGAUAUAGUAUGGACUGUAUGUGUAUGGUAUAGUAUGGUAUGGUA